GAAAAGAAGUGUUCAGCCUGCUGAGGAGGAAAAAAAUUUUGUGAUCAAAGCCUGGAGUGGAGCAAAUGCACGUUCCUCUCUCCACUCUAAGCGUUUUAGCAUCACUCCGCUAUGGAUCCACUCCGGGUUUUGGUAUAGUUUCAGAGAAGUACAUGUCAGGCUACGGCUGAGGUAAGUUAUUUAUAUUUAAGAUAGCAUGGACCCAUUUAUAAUGCAGGAAGGCUCCGAUGUUUCGGAGAUCGAAAAAAGUGUAAAAAAUAAAUGGAGAUGGGCUUGGCUUAGCGAAAUUGGGGAGAAUGGCAAGCCUUUUAGUUCGUGGGCAAAAAAAAUUAAACAACCAGGUACGUGUCUUUGCACAGUAUGCCACAGGAAACUUCAAUAUGGCAGUAAUGGCAAAAAAGUGCUAGCUCGCCAUCAGUCAGAAGCCAGUCACAAUGCCGCCGUUCGUGCUCUACAGUACACUUGCUCCCUGCCUGGUGCGACAAGUACCACAACGGAGAUUCAUGCAUCUAUGGCCGACCGUGUGUGCGAUGUAAAAGUGCGCGUAUGUUCUUUCAUAGCGGAGCAUGACCUGUCGUUCACAAUCUCACAACCGCUAGUUAAUUUGAUGCAGUCAGUUGUCAAAGACAAGAGUGCACUUUCAAGAUUGUCAAUGUCUAAUGCACAUGCCUCCUACUUGUGCACACAUGGUAUUGCUGCUUAUUGGAAGUCCGAAUUGUCAUCUAAGCUGAAAACGAAGAUGUUCUCAUUAAAUGUAGAUGAGGCAACAGAUGGAAACAUGGACAGGAUUCUGAAUGUUCUUGUUCGGUACUAUGAUGAAGAUGUGGGAAAAGUGGCAACCCAGCAUCUAGCCUCGAGGAAACUGAAUAUCGCAGAUGCCUUAUCAAUCACAAACACAUUGACAGAUAUUCUCCAGUCAUAUAGCCUGAACUGGAAUCAGGUUGUUGGUAUACUGUUGGAUAACUGCAGUGUGAUGAGAGGGAAAAAGUCUGGAGUAGAGACACUAGUCAGAAGAGAAAAUCCAUCACUGCUGGAUGUCAGCGGAGACACUGUCCAUAUGGUCUCGAAUGCAGCCAAGGCCCUUUUAAAUACUUUCCAGGGAUUUGUGGAACAAUUUUGCUCUGAUGUAUACUAUGACAUUGAAAAAUCACCCAAACAGAAAGAAAUUUUUUCUGAGUUCCAGUCCUUACUUCAUUGGGAGAAUAAGAGCCUAAUACGUCCCAUCAGCAGCAGGUUCCUGCAAAUGUUAGAUGUGUGCAACAGAAUACGGGACCUUAUGGAUCCAUUGACCGUGCACUUCUACAGCGUCCUGUCUUCUCAUGAUCAACACAAACACAGAUGGCUCCUGAACCAGCUUCUUGAUAAGCAUGCAGUUACAUCUGAUGAGAAGGCCAGGAUAAUAUGUCUGCAACAGCAAAUAGCAAAAUCUGCGAGGAUAGGAAGUGAUGUCAACAAAAAACGAAAGACACGCAUCUGUAUGCUUUUUUCCGAGUUCGACAAGCUCACAACCAUUAUUGAUUUGUAUCGAGGUGUACUUCCAACUUUCCAGGUGUUCCUGAAGAAGUUGCAACAUGAAAAGCCCAUGAUUCAUGUGCUGCAUGCUGAAAUGCUACUGCUGGUUAGGGAACUUCUCUCCAAAUUUAUGAAGCCUGAAACUAUCCCUUUGAGUGCAAAUGGCUUGUUGAAGCUUAAUGUUCACCAGAGAGACCUGCAGUACACUGACAAAAGGUUGUCUGUGGGAAGAUUCAGCUUCUUUGCCUUAAACAAGGCUAGAGUGGAAAAGAAGCCCUGGGUGCAGAAGCUCUACAGUUCUCUCAGAGAAGGCUACAUAAAGGCAGCAACAUUCCUCCUGAAAAACCUGCCCCUCAACAACAUCAUCAUCACCUCUUUAUCUGCGUUGACACCAUCAUUGAUUCUCCACGAAUCAGUCCAAGGUGCAUUCAACACCUUGGCCAAGGCCUUGCCAAAUGCUGUGAAGUCAGAAGAGUUGGGUCAACUGGAUGAAGAGGUUCGAGCCUACCAGAUUAAUACAGAUCUAGGAGCACAGGCCAAAUGCUUUGAGGAGAACAAUGCACGAAUCGAUGUUGACUGGUGGAGUAAGAUUUUUGCCAUGAAGAUGACAGGAGGAGGAACGAGGUUCCCCAUCUUAGGGAAGUUGGUAAAGGCUCUUCUGUCAUUGUUCACUGGCCCUCUUGUAGAAGGAUCAUUUAACAUGAUGGAUGAUAUAAUUGAGAAAGACAGGGUUAGGCUGAACAUUGAGACUUAUGAAGGUUUAGCCAUUCUCAAGUCCAACAUGAAGGUAAUGGGCAAAACUGCAUCUAAAAUGCAAAUUACCCCUGCAUUAAGGAGAUUUUGCCUGUCUUCUUAUGAGACAUACCAAAAUCAUCUGAAGAAAAAGAAGGUGAACCUUGACAAUCAAAAGGAAAGGAAACUGAGGGAAGCUGUGAAGGUUCUCUCAGAAGUUAGGGUUAGAAAAGUAAAGAAAGGUUCCACCUCUUAUGUUUGUGCUAAAGCCCCCACCUCUUCCACCCUGGGAGUUAAACGAAUAGCUGCUGCUACAGCCUCCACCUCCUCCACUGCUGGAGUUAAAGGUAAAUCUGCUGCUACAGCCUCCACCUCCUCCACUGCUGGAGUUAAAGGUAAAUCUGCUGCUACAGCCUCCACCUCCUCCACUGCUGGAGUUAAAGGUAAAUCUGCUGCUACAGCCUCCACCUCCUCCACUGCUGGAGUUAAAGGUAAAUCUGCUGCUACAGCCUCCACCUCUCCUGGAGCCACUCCUGCACAUGUAGCUAGUCAAACACUAAAACGGGUUUCAGGUGUAGCCAAGCUUCAGGAAUAUGGUUUUACAGCCAAAAAGCAGAAAAAGUGAAAAGCACUCUAGAGGCAUUUGGACAAGAAAAGCACUUUUUGGAAUUUAGUGGUGGUGCUGUUACUUUUUUUUUGCUGUUAAUUAUUAAUAGUUUCACAAAACAUUGUUUGGUGUUAUAAGAUACAUAAAACAUGCACUGAAAAUACACUUUUUGAAAAAGCACUUUUUGGAAUUUAAUGGUGAUGCUAUUACUUUUUUUCUGUUCAUUAUUAGGAGUUUCACAAAACAUUGUUUGGUGUUAUAAGAUAAAUAAAAAUAUGCACUGAAAAAAACACUUUUUGAAAAAGCUCUAUUUUGAAUUUAAUGGUGGUGCUAUUACUUUUUUUCUGUUAAUAUGAGUUUCACCAAACAUUUGGUGUUAUAAGAUAAAUAAAAACAUGCACUGAAAA